UGUUUGGUGGAGUGGCGGGUACGUUAAUCAAUAUUGUGACUUAAAUCAUGACCAAAAGUGCCAAGAAAGAAACGUCCACUGAGGCUUCUGAGUCAUCGGAUUCUCCUUCUUUAUCACCACCUCCUUCACUUUCACCACCCUCUUCCGGAUCAUCAUCGUCGCCACCAUCAAAAUCCACCCCGCCACCACCAUCUCCACACCAAAAUGUAAAUUCUACUUCCAAAAGUUCAAACUCCUCCUCUACACCUCCUUCAUCUUCUAACCAUAACAGCACUACGCCAAACCAUUCACCUCCCCCGACUGGUCAUAAUAAUCACCAUUCUCCACCUCCACCAUCGCACCGUUCGUCACCAUCGUCACAAGAUCACAACAAAUCAUUAAGUCCAACCGCAACAAAAGAAUUGAUUGGAGGAGCCGUGGUAGGGGGCGGAAUAUUGCUCCUUUUGGUUAUAAUCUGCCUGUUCUGUUGCUGUAGGAGGAAGAAGAGACAGCAGCCUCCUCCAAUGCAGUACUAUAGUGCUCCUGCAGGAAACAGAAAUGACUAUUACAAUAGUGCACAACAUGGGAAUUGGAACAACAAACCACCCCAAUAUUCUGAACAAUAUCAUCAUAACAUGCAUCAUCCACCGCCAAGUGAACACGGAGUUUGGGGGCAACCGCCGCCACCACCGCCAUUGAUGAGCGCUGACAUGGCAUCCUCUAAUUUCUCUGCUCCAUACCAAGCCGUGCCGCCUCCACACCCUGCCAUGGCUCUUGGGUUCAACACAAGCUCCUUCAGCUAUGAGGACCUAGCAACUGCAACCGGAGGGUUUGCCAAGUCUAACCUCUUGGGACAAGGCGGGUUUGGGUAUGUUCACAAAGGAGUGUUGCCAGAUGGGAGGGAGAUUGCUGUGAAGAGUCUCAAAAAUGGUAGCGGACAGGGAGAGCGAGAAUUUCAGGCCGAAGUUGAUAUUAUCAGUCGUGUCCAUCAUCGCCAUCUUGUGUCGCUUAUUGGGUACUGCAUUGCAGGGGCUCAGAGGAUGUUGGCUUAUGAAUUUGUUUCAAAUAACACACUUGAAUACCAUCUGCAUGGAAAGGAUCGUCCGACAAUGGAGUUUCAAGCAAGACUCAAGAUUGCGAUUGGAGCGGCUAGAGGGUUUGCUUACCUUCAUGAAGAUUGCCACCCUAAAAUUAUCCACCGAGACAUCAAGGCUGCUAAUAUUUUACUUGAUGAUCAAUAUGAAGCCAAGGUGGCAGAUUUCGGACUGGCCAAGCUUUCUAAUGACAACAGCACUCAUGUGUCAACACGUAUUAUGGGAACAUUUGGGUAUUUGGCACCUGAGUAUGCAUCAAGUGGCAAGCUAACUGAGAAGUCUGAUGUUUAUUCCUAUGGUAUUAUGCUCUUGGAACUAAUUACCGGUCGAAGACCUGUGGAUAUUGAAUCUGAUAUGGAUGACACCUUAGUAGACUGGGCUAGGCCUCUUCUAUUGCGCGCUGUAGAUACUGGAGACUACGAAGAGAUGGUGGAUCCGCGGUUGAAGGACAGCUACAAGCACCAUGAGAUGCUGUGUAUGGUAGUGAGUGCUGCUGCUUGCAUUAGGCAUUCUGCUAGGCGGCGUCCGAAAAUGAGCCAGGUUGUGCGUGCACUGGAAGGAGAUGUGUCGUUGGAUGACUUGAACGAGGGGGUGAAACCGGGGCAUAGCAAGAUCUAUGGCUCCGGCUCUGAUUAUGAUGGGAACGGAACUGGCGUGGACAUGAAGAAGUUCAAGAAGGUGAGAGAGUCAAGCCAGGAUUUCUCGAGCAGUGGCGAGCAUGGACUCACCGGAGAGUUCACCAUCAACCCUAAAAUUGUGAAAGGCAAAGACUCAAAUGAAAAGAUCAAAGACUCAAAUGAAAAGAUCAACAAGCACACCCUUUGAGCAAACAAGCUGUUUUUACUUGCAAAUAAAUGAAGAAAUAUAUAUAAAGCUUGUUCUUUUUUUUUUGUGCUCAGUCCAGAGAAGCAUAGAUCAAAAAAAGGCUACAAAACCUUCAUCACUAUGCACUCUCUGAUUUCAGGGGAAUUCCAAUGUUGAGUGGAUCUCACACCCUAAAUGUGCUUAGAUUAAAAUAGGUUGUGGUUGGAAAGAAAAAAAAAAUAAAAGAAAAAAAAACUCAUGCAUGCACAUGCCAGGAUGAAUUAUGAUGACAUUGAAAUUUCUUGUUUUGUAACUAUAUUCAUUAGUGGAGUCA